CCAGAGAAGUCCCAACACGAUCCCACUGAACCUGACAACCAAGGGACAGUAGGACCAGGGGCUGUUAAAGGAUAUGUAACGACACACACAUUCUGGACAGUGGACAGUCAAAAUACAGCUGCAGAGUCUCUGACAUGGAGGGAAUCUGGAUGCACUGAAGAUCUGCUGGGCCUAAAGACACCCCAGCUUCAACACAAUGACCACUCUUCCCUCCUCCCCCCUUUCCACCUCCUCUCCCAACACCUCUUUGCCCCUGUCCUCCUCUUCCUUCCCCCUCUCCAAUGCCACCUAUCCCCCUUUACCUCCUCCUCUCCAAACCAGACCCUAUGUAAUCUAGAUGACGGUGCCCUGCGCCUCCCCCUGGUCUUCUUCUACUCCCUCUUCUUCCUCCUGGGUCUGGUAGGUAAUCUCCUGGCCCUGUGGGUCUUCGUCUUUCUCCACUCCAGGAGGAACUCUGUCCGGGUGUUCCUCAUCAACGUGGCCAUAGCUGACCUGGUGCUCCUGGCCUGCCUUCCCUUCAGAGUCCUCUACCAUGCUAACGGCAACGGCUGGGUCCUCGGCCCCCUGGUCUGUAAAGUGGUGGGCAACCUCUUCUACACGAACAUGUACAUCAGUAUCACUCUGCUGGGGUUCAUUAGUCUGGAUAGGUAUGUGAAGAUGAAGGGGCGGGGCAGAGCGGGGAGGGGCCUGGCCAGGAGGCUGAGAGGUGGGGGAUGGAGCUGGGUGGCGUGCGGGGCGCUCUGGGGGCUGUCACUGGCGGCGGCCGUGCCCAUGAUCGCCAUGUCGGAGGGAAACGAGGAACCUGGGAAGUGUUUCCAGUAUAAGCAGAGGCGUGGGGCGAAGGGGAAGGCUUACUUCAACAUGGCUCUGGUGCUGCUGUUCUGGGGGGUGUUCUGCCUGCUGGUGGUCUCCUAUGGGAAGAUAGCCAUGCGCCUCCUCAAGGUGUCCAGGGAUAAACCUUACCUCCCCAAUGCCCACCGCUACGGUAGCGCCGCCAGGAAGUCCUUCUUCGUGCUCUUCCUGUUCACCGUCUGCUUCGGGCCCUACCACGCCUUCCGCCCAUUCUACGUCCUCUCCCAGCUCAGCCAAUCCCCAUCCUGCGAUUACUUGCGCCUGGUGGACAGGACCAAUGAGGUCAUGUUGUUCUCCGCCUUCAACGCCGUCCUGGACCCUGUGAUGUACUUCCUGUUGUCGGGCUCGGUGCGCAAGGCUGUCGUGAAAGCUCUCGGACAGAGCCUCGGCAACCGGCUCCACUUCCUUAACGACGGGACUUCCAACAGCUCGUUGUAAGAGUUCAGACGGAACUCUGUCCGUCACCUCCCCCAACACCGUCAUUAACCCCUCCCAUGAGCCCAGGACCAGCCUCUGUCUGAUUAGCCCCACCCUCCGCCCAGGCGCAGCCAUAGUGGCAAAGCAGUGAAUUUACAGACCUCAUUGAUUACCUUCAUGGACUUUAGCUCUAUUUACAUUAUAAUGUAUACCAUGUACUCAACAACUGAUGCAUGUGACAAGGGCCAAUGUCUUGAACUAGACUCAGUUUCCAAGAAUGGACCUGACCAGAUGUCCUGAAUCAAAGUGAUAUACACUACCGUUCAAAAGUUCAGGGUCACUUAGAAAUGUCCUUGUUUUUGAAAUGAAAGCAAAAAAAUGUGUCCAUUAAAAUAACAUCAAAUUGAUCAGAAAUACAGUGUAGACAUUGUUAAUGUUGUAAAUGACUAUUGUAGCUGGAAACAGCAGAUUUUUUAUGGAAAAUCUACAUAGGCGAACAGAGGCCCAGUCUCAACGCAAAACCCCAGCCUCAACGCAAAACCCCAGCCUCAACGCAAAACCCCAGCCUCAACGCAAAACCCCAGCCUCAACGCAAAACCCCAGCCUCAACUAGAUAGAGGAACUCUGCACAGAGGAACUCUGCCUAGAAGGUCAGCAUCCCGGAGUCGCCUCUUCACUGAGGUUGAGACUGGUGUUUUGCGGGUACUAUUUAAUGAAGCUGCCAGUUGAGGACU